AUGAAACAGAAAAGAUCGAACGCUGUUCCUGAGCAGCAUUAUAAUGGACUAACUAAGCAAAGGAAAAGGAACCAUCAUAGUCUCGAAGACAUUGUCGAGGUGAAUCGCCGUGGAGACACGCUGCAAAAAAGUUCCUUAAGCAAGGGGGACAUGGGCAAGGUUUUCGAUAAAAAACUGUCUGCAGAACAAUCAUCGAACGAGAUCAAUAUUGAUGCAACUCAGUCAUUGGAAUCCAAAUCGGAUUCCAAAGAAGGGCAAGUAAAACAGAGAAACAUCAAAGAACCAACAUCACUCGGUUCUAAAGAAGAGUUUGCAAAAUCGAAGGAGUCAUUGGAAUCCAAGUCGUUCGAUUCCAAAGAGGAACUUGCUAAACCAAGCAGUUCCAAAGAAGGAACUAUGAAGUCGGCUGGUUGA